UCUUGUCGCCUUGGUAACGGGAAAGGGGGGUCGCGGCCGGAGGGAAGGAGCGUAGAGGUACCGAGACUAAUCACAGGACCGCUCCUCGUCUUAUUAUCUCUGUGUUGGAUAUACAUCGUUUGUUUUCGGACCCAGAGCGACAGUAUCAGUCUGUCAACAGAAAGCCCGUCUCCUCCUGCAGCUCAACUGAACGGGAAUCGACAUGUCAGACGUAGUUCCUCCAGAAGUGAGACCCAAACCAGCUGUCCCUGCCAAGCCCCCAAAUGUGGGGGCUCCUUCCCCUUCCAGCCCCUUCCCGCCCCAGGGGCCGGGCAUCGGAGGAGGUGGGGUCUCAGCUCCACCUCCGAGUAGCAUCCCGGUCCCCAUCGGGAGUCACGGUCCCAGCCACGGAGGCGCUCAUGCUGUGAGCCACAGCGUGGGCCACAAUGCAGGCCAUGUUGGAGGUCACGCUGCAGCUGCACACACUGGAGGUCACGCUCACGUCGGCUCCCACAACGCCGGCAGUGGAUCCACUCUGCUGGGGUACAUCGGCAUUGACACCAUCAUUGAGCAGAUGAGGAAGAAGACCAUGAAGACUGGCUUCGACUUUAAUAUCAUGGUAGUAGGUCACAGCGGUCUCGGGAAGUCAACUCUGGUGAACACCUUGUUUAAGUCCCAGGUGAGCAGGAGGAGUGCAGGGUGGACCCGUGAUGACAAGAUCCCCAAAACUGUGGAGAUCAAAGCAGUGUCUCAUGUGAUUGAGGAAGGUGGUGUGAAGAUGAAGCUGACAGUUGUUGACACUCCAGGCUUUGGAGACCAAAUCAAUAAUGACAACUGCUGGGAGCCCAUUUCCAAGUAUAUCAAUGAGCAGUAUGAGAAGUUCCUAAAGGAGGAGGUCAAUAUCACCAGAAAGAAGCGCAUCCCUGACACCAGGGUGCACUGCUGUCUCUAUUUCAUCUCCCCAACUGGACACUCUCUUCGGCAGCUAGAUGUUGAGUUCAUGAAGCGCUUGAGUCACUCGGUCAACAUUAUCCCAGUGAUUGCAAAGGCAGACACGAUGACCAUUGAGGAAAGGCAGGAGUUCAAACAGCGGGUGCGGAAGGAGCUGGAGAUGGGCGGGAUUGAGUUUUACCCACAGAAAGAGUUUGAUGACGACAUGGAAGACAAGAGCGACAAUGACAAGAUCAGAGAGGCGAUGCCCUUUGCUGUGGUGGGCAGCGACAAAGAAUAUCAAGUGAAUGGCAAACGGGUUUUGGGGAGGAAAACAGCGUGGGGAGUUGUAGAAGUUGAAAAUCCCAACCAUUGUGAGUUUGCUCAGCUGAGAGAUUUCCUAAUCAGGUCUCAUCUACAGGAUCUGAAGGAGGUCACUCAUAACAUUCACUAUGAAACCUACCGUGCCAAGAGACUGAACGAAAACGGAGGUCUGCACCCCAUAUCCUCCAAUGACACCCAAGAAAGCAACCUGUAAACUGUCAAUUAGGGGAAUUGUUCAAAGUGAGAGCAAAAACAGUGCAAUGAAGCAGAUAGAUAAAUCUUCAGUAUAUUAUUGUCAUUGUCAUCGCGGCAUCGCUGCAUGCUUGGAUAAACAUUUAAAUCUGUAUAAAUUGGUGUCAUGUAGACAUGUCAUAUGUUUCUUUUUCCAAACGCCACCCAUCAUUUUCUCCACUUUCUCCCCCAACAUCAUCCCCAAAAACACAUAUCAACCCCUUCUAGUUCACCUCCUAUGAAUAUUUGGAAGAAAGGACAGUCCCAACCAGAGACUUAGUGCCAUUAAUGUAAUUUUAUCUACUGCCAAUGCCUUGCCAUUUCUCAUUGUCCGGGUCGUACAAGCCUAGGAAGUGCCACAUUAUGAUGUGUAAAAAAGUGUGUCAUUAAAGUUAUUUAGUAUUGUCUUGCAA